AUGACACAGACAGUACUUCCUGAGAGCUCUCAAGCGGCAGUUGAUAUCCCUCUUGGCCCUGAUUCUGAGACACCAGCCAAGGAUAAAUCUCUCUCUAGAGGGACUGAGAAGCUGGUUCACAUCAUUCCGCUCAUUCUGAUGCUCUGCAUGGUCACUCUCUGGAUAUGCCACAAGGACUUGGAUAUGGUUUCAACGACAACCGUGCACGGAGUUUAUCACUUCUCCACAAAGUCUACUUCAAUAUCUGAAAGAAGACUGAUCGACGUCACGCAGGACUCCUCACACGAGGGAGACGUGCAAGCUGCUGCUGUGCAGAAAACGACACAUGAAAACGGCUUCUCAUUCCGGAAACAGAUUCACCGAGCGCUCUUCUCUCGUAAGGAUGCUGAGAAGACAACCAAACCGAAGUAUAAGGCAAUUUUGUUUCGCUCUACGUAG